AUGGAGCGGCUCAUCCUCACCCAUCUCUGCUCUGUGGUUAGCCCCACCCUGGACCCGCUGCAGUUCGCCUACAGGCCCAACAUCGGAUUGGAUGGACUUCCCUGUGUAAACCACACCUCUAAACAAAGUGGGCUUGUGGACGAGAAACUCUGCACUUCCUUCCUGUCUCUACACGCUGCCACUCGCCUGACACACACAGAUCUCCCAGCAUGGCCGGCGUUCCCCAAUAGCUCCCAGAUGGACAUGAGUGUACCAGUCCCCUCGCUGCUGUUGGGGCUGGGGGGAAAAUGCAUCCUGAACUGGGCUCUGGUCUUCCUCCAAAGGGACCACAUCUGGAGCAGCUUCAUCUGCGUUUUCAGCCUCUCCGUCUCCGUCAUCGACACCAUUCUGACCAUUUUAGUAACAUCCAUUCACUUACUUCAAGACGUCAACAUCUUGGGUUUGCGACUGGGCCAGCCUCGAGUUGACGGCGGUUCCUCCCGAUAG